GCAACAACAACAACAACAACAAGAACAACAACCAUAAUGUGCAAUAUACAAUUAACUGUGUGAAUACCCCAUUUCGAUGUUGGCCAACUCUGUUAAACAACCCCCGAUUUGUUGUCAUGUGUACAUACUACAAAACAUAUACGUAUAUUUGUAUGUAAUUGUUAGUCUCCUAUGUCUAUUUUCAUUAUAUUUGACGCUCUUUUUUUGAGCGGAAGCGUUAUCAGCCACAGUCGUCACACAGCUGCUAGCCGAAUUGCGGCGCUCUGCUCUCGACCAAUGUUUAUUUUUGCCACAUAAUAUAAGGUCUAUAUAGUCGAGCCCACAACUGACCGUCAGCAAAUACUGUCCAUUUGCCGUUGGACGCUCGGGGCAGCAACACACGGAACCGCACGCACAAUUUUUUCUAUUCGCAUUCACGUUCUUGAUUAUAAAUAACAACAUAUUCUCCGCUACUGGAUUGGAUUAGUUAGUUCAAUAUAUUUGAAAUAUGACGCAUCUGCUCAAAGGCUUUGCACAGCCCGAAAUUAAAGAAACGGUCGCCAACUACGGUUCCCUGGAUGCAACUGUCAAGGAGCUGCUGUUGAGUGCUCAUGCUGUGCGCCAGCGCGCCUACACGCCCUAUUCUAAUUUUAAGGUUGGCGCCGCCUUUCGUGCCACACCCAGCGAUAUAAUCUUUAACGGUUGCAACGUUGAGAAUGCCGCCUUUACACCAACAGCUUGUGCUGAACGUACCGCUCUUACCAAGGCCGUUAGUGAGGGUUAUCAAAAAUUCUCCACAGGCGCUGUUGUAGCUUAUGCACCCGAUGUGUUCACCUCACCGUGUGGCGUCUGUCGGCAGUUUAUACGCGAGUUUGCGGGCAACACCGAUGUACCCAUCUAUAUAGCCAGAGCCAUCGAAGAGCGUUCGCCGACGGAGCCGUUCGUCGAUGAUGAUCCUGUGCUCUGCACAUCCAUAUUUAAUCUAUUGCCAAAUAGUUUCCACACGUAUUAGGACGACAAACAAGAAUUUCAAGGUUUUUCCAUAGCUGUCAUUAUAUGUUUUGUGUAUUACAGUGACCAACUACAAAUAUUAAAAAAAAAAAAACAAUCUACUACACUAGCUAACAAAA